UCGUGGCAAGUGUUUUCACCUCUUUAGUCUUUGCUCCGUGUAGUGCCGGUCCAAACAUCGUCAAGGCAAGAGCACCGCCGCGACUUUGUUCCGCGACGAUCGACUACGUUCGCCCCGUGAAAAAGGAAAUCCGUCUGUUCGCCAAGCAUGUCGCCAGUUUCGAAACUUAUCUUCGCUCUUUUUCUUAUGACGUUCGCGAUGACUUACGCGAAACCGACGAUAUAUAAAAGAAAUCAGGACAACGUGUUCGAACCAGUGAUGGUGCCGGUCUCUUCCACGGUAAUUCCUCUUACCAUGUACAAAGGAGAGUACGACUCGAGAUUUAUAUCGAAGAAUAAAAAGGCUCAGUCGUUGAAGCCAGAGGAUGGAGCGAAAUUGAUAACGAUGAAGAAAAGUCAAGAGAAGAAAACGUAAGAUCAUCGACGUAUACCAGCCGACCUCCUCCGAUUACAUCGUGAUGUCGACGGAGCGAUUUCGAUUUGUUGGCGUCGUGCUGCAAUGUACGAGAGCAUUAGCAUAGAGUAUAACCUGACUUUAGGAUCUUUGUAAAUUCGAGAAUUAUGCGUUUCACAGGGUUACGGAAACUUGACGCCAAAAAAUAAUUUACCUCUCUUACUUGAUUAACUUUAGUCGAUCGUUUUUGUCGGUAUGAAUUUAUUGACAACUGUAAGGCUGCGAACACACCGGAGGCAAAUUACUAGUCCGCGCGAGUCUACUUCGAUCAGCGCCAAGUCGGAGCUCGAAUUUACCUUUACCGUGAUCGUGGCCUUAACGCGUAGAAUACAAUCAAACGUUACAAUGUUAAACUCUAAUCAAGGUAGAAAUGGGAUUUGUUAAGUUUUUAUAUUUAAUAUGAAAUAUAAAGUAUCAUUUGUCACAAUGUGUUUACACGUAAGGAGUACUAGGACAAACGUGAUGGAUAUUUCAAACAAGAAAUACGGAAUGCCGAAGUAGAAAUAAUGACUUGUCGUACAACGCUAGAAUUAAAACGAAUCGUUUAUUUACC